UUUGUCCCAUGUUCUUGGGGCAUCUGCGCCUGUGGUCACGAUGAGGCCUGGACCUGCGGCGUAUACUGUCGUAUUCACGGUGGUGACGGUCCGCAGGAUGAGACAAAUCCGUCGACGGGUGGCGGCCGCCGUGAUGGGACUCAAGUUUUGCUCCCAGUGGAGGAGGAACAGCGCCAGGAGAUGAAGUGUUUGCAGCAGCGUCUGGAAGAUUUGCCUCUCGAUGUGGUGAAGCGAUGCACCUACCUCCUGCGUCCGUUGAUGGACACUGCCACUUUAUUAAUCUUUGAGAAUAACCAGGUAAAACCCCUGAGACCCCUUAUCUGCAACGCCCUCCUCGGUCGCUAUGUUGAGUUCUCUGCGGCAGCUAAUGCCGCAGGUGGCGUCUCUGCCUCCGAAACAAAUAUCUUUCCCCCUGGUGAAAUGUUGGCUGAGCAGAGUUUCUUGGCUAGAUACUUUGCUCGAAUGCACGUCGAAAAUUCGAACCGAUACAGUUGGGACCCAGGCCGCGAUUUACAAGAGAGCUUAGCGGAUAUCAUUCCUGCCUUUCUGGAGGAAAACUUUUAUCGAAGCAUUCUAGCGAUCGAGUUAAUUCGGCACAAUCCGAACUUGAGAGUUGCAGGCAUGAGCAGUCUGGCCUCUGAUCACGACCCCCUGUUUUACCUGCUUGUUUUAUCGUCUACCUAUACAAAUGAUGACGUGCUUACCUCUACAAGUGAUUAUUUUCUUGCUGUUUUGCCCUCCCUGACACAGCAAUAUGAAAGAAAUUCUAACAUCCGCGAGUGCCGCAAUCCUAUCGCUGAUGAAAACUUCCGAAUUCUUGCCCUUCAGUUCGUUUCUUAUCCCAAACGAGCCCGAGAACUUUUGCGUCAAACAAGCGCCCCUCGGUGUCUGAUAUCCCGCCUCUGUCAGACAUUUUCCGCCAAAGCGAAAUCGCUUCCUGGCUUCUAUGAAACUAAGUAUCCUUGCAAGAGCCUUGCCGAACUUUUCCAUCCCGAGUGCACAUUCCAGUCCUUUCCUUCAACCCUACAAAACCGCUUGCUGGCGCUUCGGACUGCUAAUCGAGAGGCCUGGCGUCGGGCGCAUGAUGGCUUACUGUGCAUGAAACCACUAGCUGGGAAAAGCGAGGGCUGUCCCGAAGGCUGGUGGGAUGAGGUCUCGAGAGCGAAGUUUUUGGACUACUUCCGCUGCCUCCUCGAAAUCCUCAGCUACAUGCAGGAUAUGAAUUCCAUACAACGAGACAUCGAAUGGGAACCAAGGUGGAAGUUAGAUUGCGCUUGCGACAAGCUCCAACGUCUUCAUAUUAUCAUCUGGCGGUCUGCCCAACUUGCUAGCACCGAUCGCACGCUCCUCCUCGCUGCCAUAAAGGAAACUCGAGAGGCCUUUGAACAACGCGUUGGCGUUAUAGAUCGUUGUUUCCGAGUGGAACCUUCUACGCGCACGCAGGGAGGUAGCCUCGUCAGACCGCAGGACAAAUACAUUACAAGUAUUGCCUUCCAAGCUCUGGGAGCUACGUCUGAAAUCUACGAGUACGACGUGUCAAUCAUGAAAGUGAGCAUCUUUCAGCCGCUGCCUCGGCUAUUGGCAGCCCUUUACGGACAUGGUAUUGAAGUGGGUCUUCGCCUUGACCUCCUUGGUCUGGUUGAUGAGGGCUUUGCUAAUUUGGUUAUCGAGAGGCCACUGCAAAUGGUCGCUUUUUUUGCUCAGUGCUCAGCCAACCUAUGGCUGCCAAACAACAAGAACGUCAUUGAAAAACUCAUGUUCGAGAUAUCUACAAAGUUGUCCGUGGAAAUAUUGGGACGCGACUAUCAACUUCUCCAGCAAGCGGCCGCAGUUCUGCCUCCGGACGAGUUAAUUGUUCGCAUGGUGCACAAACUCAAUCUUAAGGAUUAUCUACGUGGGACCUACUCAGAACCGAGUCAAGGCAGCGUACAGGCAACGGAGAGCCUCCUGCGAGUUCUUCACUUUAUUGUCACUAGUCGGUCUCGUCACGCUGUCGGCUACUUCGAUCCCUCAAUCGUUGCCGCCAUACCCUCCUCACCACAACUUUUCCCUCCCGACUUCAACGACCUGGACCAAUCGUUGGAAAUCCUGCAUGGCCUCCUGGUGGAUGAUAUAAUUCAUAAACUCUGUCUGCGUCCAAUGACCCUCUCAGAAAUCCUUUGUGGCUUUCCGCUGCAGCCUCCACGUUGUUGCCCGCAUAAAGAGCCAACUUACUGUGGCCUCUGUGACCCAAUAGAGCAAAUUUCGAACACCUCAAAUGACAAUAAUAAGGUGCCUGCCAACCGAGGUAUUAUCUGCAGAAGACACCUGGUCCAUAGCAUAUUGCAACAAUUGGCCACGCAGACGAUUGUGGGAGAGGAAAUAAAAUUUACUCUGCGGCCCGAGGUUCUGGCCGUUCGCUUUGACCUCUUCUAUCCUGCCUAUAUAUGGAAAAGGCAAAACAAAGCUAAGGAGGCAGUAUUUCGGACGUUGACGCAGGCUCGUGAAGCCAAUGCCCACCUCUUCCCGGCAGAUUUCCCAAUUCCUCCACCGCCACCUCGUCCUCGACGACGUUUUGUAGAUCACCUGAGUGCACCAAUCCUGAGGCUACUUCGUUGUCCAACUUUUGUCCACCUCCUUCGACAACUGUUGGACAUUGGCAUCAAGUAUGGGAGCCAGCAGUCAAGAUGGUCAGAGACCCUUCUUGAGCUGGUCCUCCAUCUGAUAAUUAUCGCUCUCUACGAGGACGUUGUGGCCUUCGCGGAGACUGGCGAAAGACCCUUCCUGAAAGUAGUCAGUCUGGUGUCUGAAGAGUCCGAGAGUGACGAGGAGUUUGGGCACUAUGCAGAACUGUGGCACUGGGACAGACAAGACCCUCCUGCCUCGGCGAGACACCCAUGCAUCCGGGAGUACAGCUUUCGCGUUAUUAUGAGUGAUGAUAUGAUGUUUAAUGUCGCAUUGGAUGCAGCUGUUCGAAAUCUUAAGGGCCUGUGGCAUUUUACUUUGGAUUACCUGACUCUUGACCUUCCUCUCAUUGAAGUGUUGAAGUCAUCACGGACUGGUUUCACCUCUUGUUCAGUGGAAGUUGACGAUUGCACUGGUUCAUUGCUCGCUCUUGCUUUUAGUUAA